AUAAUAAUAAUUAUUUGGGUGUUAGGCGUCGUUUGCGUGAAGCAAUUCGAAAAAAGCGACCGGAAUUAUGGACAGACAACUCGUGGUUUUUGCAUCACGAUAAUGCACCGGCUCUUACUGCAUUAGUUAUUCGUGAUCAUUUCGCCAAAAAUUCAACUCAUAUCGUUCCGCCUGACUUAGCACCAUGUGUCUUAUGGCUAUUUUCUAAACUCAAAAGACCACUCCGGGGACACCGUUCCGAGUUGAUAGAAGAGAUUCAACGCGAAUCGCUACGUGUUUUGAAGGCUAUACCAGAAAGUGACUUCACACACUGUUUCGAGGACUGGAAAAAACGUUGGC